AUGUGCAUUGAUUACCGGCAGUUGAACAAGGUAACGAUAAAGAACAAGUAUCCACUGCCGAGGAUUAACGAUUUGUUCGACCAGCUUCAGGGCGCGAAGGUGUUUUCAAAGAUAGACUUGAGAUCUGGCUACCACCAGUUGAGGAUUAGGGCAUCCGAUGUCCCUAAGACAGCAUUCCGCACUCGGUAUGGGCAUUAUGAGUUUUUGGUCAUGUCAUUUGGGUUGACCAAUGCCCCAGCAGCAUUUAUGGAGUUGAUGAACCGAGUGUUCAGGCCUUAUUUGGACUUGUUCGUGAUAGUUUUCAUUGAUGAUAUUCUGAUAUACUCCCGCAGUCAGGAGGAGCACGAGCAGCACCUUAGAGUGGUUCUUCAGACUCUGAGGGAUAGUCAGUUAUAUGCCAAGUUCUCCAAGUGUGAGUUCUGGCUGAAUUCAGUAGCGUUUCUGGCUGACCCAAUUCCUCUACGCGAUCGUGAAGUACUUCUCGCGAACGCGAUUCACAAAUUCCCAGCCCUCCGCGAACGCGAAGCCCUUCACGCGAAUGCGAAGGCUUAA